AGAAGUGUUGCAGUGUAUUCAACCCAAAUUUUAAACAAACUAAUCCAAAAGGUAAUUUCAUAGUAGGCGAGAUGUGGCAAGCUAAGCCAUCAUCUCCACCUCAAGAUUAUCUGGUCUCGUGUUUAAUUUUUUUUUUUAAAGUCUUGGGGCCUAAGUUUUUUUUAAAACUGUAUCUAAUUGUAAACAUAGAAUUAGUUAAAGAUAUUCUAAUUAUGAUUCAACUUUAUUUAAUUAAUUCAAGUUAAUAUGAAGACCGAGAUAAAGAACUUUUGAAAAAGUGUGUGUGGGGUGGGGGGGGGGAGGGGUGGGGGGGGAGGGUGGGGGAGAUCGGUAGUGAGGGGGGGGGGGUGGGGGGGGGGGGGGGGGGGGGGGGGGGGGGGGGGGGGGUUUGUUGUUAGAGUUAAAGAGCACCUCUAAUUGAAAUGACUUUUUAGAGUCUUUCUUAUUUUUUUUUUAAAUUGUCCACACCAAAAAAAAAAACAUUAUUUAUUAAUCCCUUAAUUAAGCUGCACGAUUAUUUGGGAUUUUAGAGACACGAUUUUAAAACCGGUUUCUUAAGAUCAACUCGUUCAGGGCGAAUUCUUUCCUCAAAUAAAAGACUGUACUUGAAGUUCAUUCAUAACUCAGCACUGACACGGGUGUCCCCGGCUGUUAUGAAAUCAAAUAAUAACUCUUAGUGUCAAUAUGGCCAUAUAAGGAACUGGGGUUGAAGGAUAUAUAUAAUGACCGAUAUUUGCGCUUCAGAAAUACAUUAAAACACCUUAAAAGGUUGAAUAGUUCUGAUGUAGUUCUGGUGUAAUUAUUUUUUUUAGAAUCUUAUUUGAUCUCAUCUUUUCUAAAUGUUAAAUCCCACAAAAUGUUCAUAAUUUUAUGAUGAAACGAAAAUGAUGUAUUUCUUAUCUAUGAUUCCAUGAAUUAUAUCUUAUGUAUGAUUCUAUGAAGUAUAUCGCAUGUAUUAUUCUAUGAAGUAUAUCGUAUGUAUGAUUCUAUGAAGUAUAUCGCAUGUAUAAUUUUAUGAACUAUUUGGUAUGUAUGAUUCUAUGAAGUAUAUCAUAUGUAUGAUUCUAUGAAGUAUAUGGUAUGUAUGAUUCUCAUCGUAUGUACGCUUAUAAGUAGAGUUACCUACUAAAUGUAUUUAAUCUACCCACAGAAUGGCGUGUUGUAACAUUGUUAGACAGGAAUACACAUGCGUACCUGCCACCGAGGUCUUGGUGUUUCGGUAACUAGCCUGUACUGUUGCACUUUUGUGUCCUGCUUCUAAAACUUUAUAAGCCUUACACGUUUUGGUCCAGUGUAUUUUAACAUGUUUUCGUCUAUUGUACUCUGACAUGUUUUGGUCUAGUGUAUUGCAUCAUAAUUACAUGUUUUGGUAUUGUGUACUUUUACAUGUUUUGGUCUAGUGUAUUCUUAAAUGUUUUGGUCUAGUGUAUUCUAACAUGUUUGGUCUAUUGUAUUCUUACAUGUUUUAGUCCAGUGUGUUCUUACAUGUUUUGAUCUCGUGUAUUAUCUCGAAUCGUUCUUACACACUAUUGGUGAAAUUCCCAAUACCUUCCCAAUACCUUUUUGAACGUUGAGUUUGACUUCGUUUCUAUUGCGACAUAAAUUGUCAACCUUUUGAGACACCUUGUCGCACCACGCCUCUUAGGAAUGAAUGAUGUAUAGAAAACAUGUGUGUAUGUAACUGAUACAAAAAACAUUUGUGUAUGUAACUGAUACAAAAAAACAUUUAUGUAUGUAACUGGUACGGAAAACAUGUGUGUAUGUAAAUGAUACACAAAACAUUUGUGCAUAUAAAAGGUACAGAAAACAUUUGUGUACGUAACUGGUACAGAAUAAAUUUGUGUAUGUAACUGGUACAGAAAACAUUUGUGUAUGUACCUGGUACAGAACAUAUUUGUGCAUGUAACUGGUACAGAAAACAUUUGUGUACUUAACUGGUACAGAAAACAUUUGUGUACGUAACUGGUAUAGAAAACAUUUGUGUAUUUAACUGGUACAGAAAACAUUUGUGUACGUAACUGGUACAGAAAACAUUUGUGUAUGUAACUGGUACAGAAAACAUUUGUGUACGUAACUGGUACAGAAACCAUUUGUGUAUGUAACAGGUACAGACAAAAUUUGUGUAUUCAAAAUGUUCAGAAAACAUGUGUGUAUAUAAAAGGUACAGAAAACAUUUGUGUAUGUAACUGGUACAGAAAACAUUUGUGUACGGAACUGAUAUAGAAAACAUUUGUGUAUGUAACUGGUACAGAAAACAUUUGUGUACGCAACUGGUACAGAAAACAUUUGUGUAUGUAACUGGUACAGAAAACAUUUGUGUACGUAACUGGUACAGAAAAAAUUUGUGUAUGUAACUGGUACAGAAAACAUUUGUGUAUGUAGCUGGUACAGAAAACAUUUGUGUAUGUAACUGGUACAGAAAACAUUUGUGUACGUAACUGGUACAGAAAACAUUUGUGUAUGUAACUGGUACAGAAAACAUUUGUGUACGUAACUGGUACAGAAAACAUUUGUGUAUGUAACUGGUACAGAAUGACACGCAGACAAUUUUGACACGAUUGGCUUACAACAAUUCUUUUAAAAAUAAAUAACACUUCCCCAUUAAAUGUUUCGUUAUUGAUGUAUAGCCAAGAUACAACUUUUUGAAUGUGCAGUAUGUAGACUCUUCAUUCCAAGCAGUGGCGUAGGAAGUGGGGUUCAGAGAGGGCGGUUUGACCAGGCCGACACUUAUUUCUUUUAUAUAAAGGGGCGGCAUUUUCGGCACACGGCAGAGAUUUUCUUUUUCUUUGGAAAAGGAGGGGGGGGGGAUGUCAAAGCUUUUAAACCAACCCAGGCUGCACUAAGCCUAGGUACGUUACUGAUUCAAAGAUAUUAUUUGGAACCCUAACGAGACACCAACUCAAUAUUACAUAGUGAAUGUUAGAUCAACGGUCAACCAACAUUUUGUGUGUGUGUGUAAAAAGCCAAAUACUAAAUUUGGGUCUGUGAGGAAAACUUACUCUGAGUGUCUCAAAAGAGUUGAAAUGUCAAUGCACUGCACUCAAGAAGAGACAGUAGCCCUAUGGAAAGUGGUCCAUAUGUCUAUUUAUGCAUUUCAUUGUUGUUGUUGUUUUUUUUGUUGUUUUUUUUGGGUUUUUUUUUGCGAUGAACAUAGUUACGUUAGUAAAAUUAUAUAUAUAUAUAUAUAUAUANAACGCUUAUGCUUUCUUAGCGCUAUUAAAUGUAUAAAUCUCAAGACGGAGACAUUCUUUGCUAAUGAUAAGUAAGAACAAAGAGAGAACAUGACACAUGUUGCAAGCGAUUUUCAUUAAUAAAAAAAAUCAAAUUGAUUAUUUUAAACACUAGAUUAUAACCCUCCGCUCCAAAAUCUUGGACCGUUCCUUGAGUCCUGCGGUACAGUUCUCACCAGUGGCGUAGCUGGAGUCCAUGACGCCCGGGGCAGCUCAAGAUUUUUGCCACCAAUUUCCGAAAAAAAAACAACAACCCUGCAGUAAGCCGAAAGUGCAGCUUAAUCUAAGAAAAAAAAAAGAAUGCCUCCCUCAAUUCCUACGCCCAUUGUCGUGAGUCAUGACGUUACUUUAGUGCAGCGUAAAAGGACCAAUCAACUCUCUCUAAUGCCUGAUCAUGAACCUCAGACGACUUACUGUUCCUUGUAAAUCUGUAUAUGUUGCUCUUCAUUCGUCAGAGAUGGCACAGAGGCGACACUGGGGCAAGUCCUGGUGUGUAAAAAGCCCCAGAGCCCAAUCCACCUCGAUGAGAAGCCCUGCAAGUGUGUUCGUGUCGAGCACUGCCACAACAUCAACAGAGCCUCGUGCAGGAUCAAGCACGCCAAGAUACCCAACAACUACCGUCUGACGUAGGUGAUGUGUGACUGUAUCACAAUAUGUGACUGUAUUACAAUAUGUGACUGUAUUACAAUAUGUGACUGAAUUACAUUAUGUGACUGUAUUACAAUAUGUGACUGUAUCACAAUAUGUGACUGUAUUACAAUAUGCGACUGUAUUACAAUAUGUGACUGUAUUACAAUAUGUGACUGGAUUACAAAAUGUUUCUGUAUUACAAUAUGUGACUGUAUUACAAUAUGUGACUGUAUUACAAUAUGUGACUGUAUUACAAUAUGUGACUGGAUUACAAAAUGUUUCUGUAUUACAAUAUGUGACUGCAUUACAAUAUGACUGUAUUACAAUAUGUGACUGUAUUACAAUAUGUCACUGAAUUUCAUAUCUCACUGUAUUACAAUAUGUCACUGUAUUACAAUAUCAAUUUUCUUUCUAAUGGGUCCACCGAUGUAUCUUUCCCCACGAAAAAAAUGGAUUUUUCUAGAAUUUAAAAACGUAUUUUAGUAUGGAGGGUUAACGUUGGUUCUUUAGAAGCGGAUAAAUUUAUAACUACAUCUCUUAUAUAUAUUUUUCUUCUGGUGUGUCCUGCUCCCUUUUCACAACCGACCCUCCUCCUAUUCAACAUUUUUUUAAAUAUUAAUAUUACUAAGUGACAAAAAAAAGCUAUCACGCAGCGUGACGGUUGAACUCAGGUGAGAAGAUUGAAUUUCUUUCUUCAGGUUGAGGCGACUAUACCAUUUAACCAAUAAAGAGACACGGGUAUGAUAUACACAUUUCUGUAGGCUUAUUAUUUGAAGUCCGGCAGGCAGGGUGUAUGACUGUCUUCGUAAGACUCUUGUUUACAGAAAAUGAGAAGUUAACUCAUCUUUUUGUAACAUUCGGACCAGAUAUUUUCUCAAAAUACCCCGAACCGGUGUCAAAACUGCAUCCGGUUAAGCCAUAGUAUUGUUUAACACUGUUCGGGGAAAGUGGAGAUGGUAUACGGAAAACAGUGAAAAGUGGAGAUGGUAUACGAAAGACAGUGAAAAGUGGAGAUGGUAUACGGAAAACAGUGAAAAGUGGAGAUGGUAUACGGAAGACAGUGAACAGUGGAGAUGGUAUACAGAAAACAGUGAAAAGUGGGGAUGGUAUACGGAAGACAGUGAAAAGUGGAGAUGGUAUACGGAAAACAGUGAAAAGUGGAGAUGGUAUACGGAAGACAGUGAAAAGUGGAGAUGGUAUACGGGAGACAGUGAAAAGUGGAGAUGGUAUACGGAAAACUGUGAAAAGUGGAGAUGGUAUACGGGAGACAGUGAAAAGUGGGGAUGGUAUACGGAAAACAGUGAAAAGUGGGGAUGGUAUACGGAAAACAGUGAAAAGUGGAGAUGGUAUACGGAAGACAGUGAAAAGUGGGGAUGGUAUACGGAAAACAGUGAAAAGUGGAGAUGGUAUACAGGAGACAGUGAAAAGUGGAGAUGGUAUACGGAAAACAGUGAAAAGUGGGGAUGGUAUACGGGAGACAGUGAAAAGUGGAGAUGGUUUACGGAAGACAGUGAAAAGUGGAGAUGGUAUACAGGAGACAGUGAAAAGUGGGGAUGGUAUAUGUAAGACUGUAAACACAAGAUAUGUGCUACUCUACAUAUAUGUGUGCUGCAUUACACAGAUAUGUGCUACUUUACAAAGAUAUGUGCUACUCUACACAGAUGUCUUCAACUUUACACCGAUGUGAACUAUUUACACUCAUUUCUUUUUCCAGAUACCUCGAUGGAGCCACUGAAUUCCGUGCCUCUGAUUACUUGUGUAGAACAGGUGGUUGUUGUGUGUUGGCCAAGUCAACGAAAGGUAGGAUGAACACAUCGGCACAUUCAAGGAAUGACAUGAAAACAAUCUUGUGUUUAAUUCAACAUCGUGUGUCUAUUGCCUCAAGCCUUCAAACCCCUAGUGCAUGAUUUCCUCAUCAACACCAGUAACAGAAACAUUGCAAAUCCCAUCUACAUGCAUAGGAGCCAAAAUGAUCAAUAAAUUGAUCGUGGGCCUUUAAGAUAUAGAAGAAGAAGAAGAAUUCUAUAUAUCGUGUUUAAGUCUACAUCUUGUGCCUAAUUCUGUAUUUUGUGUUUAAUUAUAUAACUUGUGUUUCUUUCCAUAUCAUUCUGUUAAAUUCUAUAUCAUGUGUUUCAUUCUAUAUCAUGAGUUUAAUUCUAUCUCAUGUAUUUAAUUUUAUAUCAUGUGUUUAAUUCUCUAUAUCAUGUGUUUAAUUCUAUAUCAUGUUUUUAAUUCUAUAUCAUGUGUUUAAUUCUAUAGCGCGCGCUCUGGACGCCUUUGAUCAUGUGUUUAUUCCUGUUUGAUUUAAGAACACACACUCGGUACACAGAUAUGCUUUACAAUUUUUUUUUCAAACAAUCCAAGUUGUCUGAAAGAAACCCUGCUUCUAGAUUUAGGUUUCCAUGAAGAGGGAUGACUGGUCAAAUUCACCGGGGUAUUUGAGAAAAAUAGUGACGUUUUAAAAACGAAGUGGUUAUUCGCACCCGGGUACCAGAAGUGAGAGGUUGUGAUAAAAAAAAAAUAUUAAAAAUAUUAUUGUUGGGUUUGUCAGACAAAAUGAGGUAUCAAAUGAAAGAUAAUUGAAUGGACUAUAUGUUUGUAAACUUAAUUCUUCAGUUUAAUUAAAAUUAAACUACCACAAAUGACAUCCGAAUAGCACUGAGUCAAAAUGGACCCAGACACUCAGCGCCGCCAUUCGCACCCGGGCACCAUUAGUAUUUUAAAAAAUGAUUCUGUUUGCUUUGUGCUUUUCGUUAAUUAGUGGCGACCAAACUAAGGAGCGUCCCUGUUGUCGCAAAUUCCAACUAGAACUACUCCACUGGAUUUAAGGCAGUGGUUCUCAACCUGUGGGUCACGACCCCUUUGGGGGUCACGGGACCCUUUUCCAGGGGUCGCCUAAGACCAUCUGAAAACACAUAUCAUUAGUUCUAUGAAGUAGCAACGAAAAUAAUUGUGUGGCUGGGGGUCGCCACGACACGACAAACUGUAUUAAAGGGUCGGGGCACUAGAAAGGUUGAGAACCACUGAUGUAAGGCAUUAAUUUGAAUGGUCCCACUUCGCUUUUUGUGUAGGGGAAGAAGUCAUUUAGACAAAACGCUCGUAUUGUUAUGUUCAAUUAUGCAAGCUACAACAGUGCCGUAGUUUGCUUUAAAACCGUCUGAAGGGAGCCAAGAUUUUGCCGCCAUCCCCAGCGAAAAAUGCCACCUCAUAUGCAUAAAAAAAGUGCCGCCCGGGACGGAAAGCCCCCCUAAGCCUCACCCUUCCUUCGCCCCACCCUUCCUUCGUCCCACCCUUCCUUCGCCCCACCCUUCCUUCACCCCACCCUUCCAUCGCCCCACCCUUCCUUCGCCCCACCCUUCCUUCACCCCACCCUUCCUUCGCCCCACCCUUCCUUCGCCCCACCCUUCCUUCGCCCCACCCUUCCUUCGCCCCACCCUUCCUUCGCCCCACCCUUCCUUCGCCCCACCCUUCCAUCGCCCCACCCUUCCAUCGCCACAACCUUCCUUCGCCCCACCCUUCCUUCGCCAGUGACAGCGGCAACAUAUCUUGUUCCUAAUAUUUCUAUCACACGACUUGAACACAGUAUCUAUAAUAUUAUAAUGUAAAAUUAUUAUCAAAAUAUUUCAGGAUUUUUUAACCGUAUGUAACUCAUGUUUGGUUGUUUUGUUUGUUUUUUUUGGUCUUAUUCACAUCAGAGUGUGACUUCUUCUUCUUCUAUAUCUUAAGGGCCCACGAUCAAUUUAUUGAUCAUUUUGGCUCCUAUGCAUGUAGAUGGGAUUUGCAAUGUUUCUGUUCCGGUGUUGAGGAAAUUUCACUGAUUUCCAGUCCCACUUUGUGAGGGAAUCAUGCACUAGGGGUUUGAAGGCUUGAGGCAAUAGACACAAAUGUGUCUAGUGUUGUCGCCUCAACCGUUCCUUUUGAAAGAUUGUUCCAGUCCCUGAUUGUCUUGGACAGGAAUGAGCAGCUCAUAUACUGGCUUCUUGCUGGUAUGAGCCUGAAUGGCCUGUCAUGGCCUCGUCGUUGUCUAUGGGGGAGAGGGACGAGUUUCUGUUUAAUACUGGAACAGUGGACCAGCCCAUUAUUUAUCUUGUGCAUCAUGGAGAGCCUGAAUUGUCGUCGUCGUUUCUCCAGUGGUGACCAGCCUAGUGUUUCCAGCAUGCUGCCAACACUAGAGGUAUUCCUGUAGCGGUUUAGGACAAAGCAUGCUGCUCGUCGCUGGACCGCCUCCAACAUGUCAAUGAUCUUCUGGGUAAAUGGGUCCCAGACUGAAGAUGCAUAAUCUAAAAUCGGACGGAUAAAGGAUUUAUAUGCUUUUUCUUUCACACAGGAGUUGCCAAUCUUUAGAUUUCGCCUUAAGAACUCAAGGGUCUUGUUUGCUUGGUUACAUACAUUAAUAAUAUGCUCGUCCCAGCGGACCUCUCUUUGAAUGGUAACACCCAGGUACUUUACGGAGGAAACUUGCUCAAGAAUAUGGCCGUGCAGUUCAUAUUGGUAGUGUAGAGGCGUACAACUUCUAGAGACUGAUCACUGAUAGUGUCUGGCACUUGGCAGGGUGAAAUUCCAUGUCCCAGCUCAUCUCCCACUCAGCUAACAGAUUGAGAUCCUGCUGUAGCUGGUCCUGGUCAGAUCUGUUGGCGAUCGUCCUAUACACUGCUGUGUCAUCUGCGAAAAGUCUUACCUGUGACUUUAAUAAUGCAAUAUGAAACUAAAGAUUGUGUCGCCUACUGAUCUGCCUGACAUGAUGCCACGGACAGAGACCCAUUUAUGUCAAAACGUUUCUGUGCAUGUUCAAGACUUCACGUGUCAUCCGUUGGGGACGCAGCGUAUAUCACCCUGGCCAUUACUCUAACAAAUUGAGUUACUAGAGCGGUGGAUUCCAAGGCACGUCAACGUCAGUGGAAAUGAAAAAAACAGACACUCUGGCGAAAACCGGGGCUGCUAGCAGACAAGACUCAUUGUGGGGGUUAGGUCGCAGGCAGCAGAGUCUAGUGACACAGAUGCGCACUGAGCACUGUCCCAUCGGCACAUAUUUCAACAGGCUAGAUCAGACCUGCACAACUCAAAAUGUAAGUCGGGCCGUAAUAACUUAUGCAAAAACUUGUGUGGGCCGAAAGAAAAUAUGACAGGGACGGGGUGAGCUAUUAAGAAAAUAAUAAUAAUAAAAGAAUAAUUGGUUACUUCGGGGGCCGCAAAGUGGGUGCUGGAGGGCCGCAUGCGGGCCGUAUGUUGUCCAGCCUAGGCUAAAUAAUAACAGGGACCUUACCUGCUGGCAUUGCAGCCAGGUCUCAGAAACACCAGCGCAUCUGUUGACCGAAUGUCCGUCACUCGAUGUCCCGGGGGAGGCCAGGGCGGCGGGAGAGCCCCAAGUGAGGAGAAUGUUAGAUUGCUCAGCUCAACAGAUGGAGCUGGUAGCCAGUGUACUAGCCAGGGUCAUUUCAGACCUUUAACAGAAUAUCUGCGUUAGUUAGUCACUGGAGACCUCGCCGACUUUUAAUGUUUGAUUAACUUGUUUAAUUAUUAUGUCUUUCGUCAGUUGGGAGGACUCACUUGCAUCCAAAGUGUCACCACUGAAGUCGAAACUGAGGCUUAAACGUGUACAUUCGAUUCAACCCAUUUGUAGGAGCAGAACUAAAUUCUUUACAACGCUGAUAACUGACCAAGGGAGA